AGGUUUUACUGUUUGUGAUUGGCAAUUGAAGUAUUAAUUAUUGAAUUAUUUUAGAAUUAAAAAACUGUCUAAGUUGUGUUUGUUAUUAAAUUCUGUGUAUAUACUGUCUUAUAUACUGAAUAUAUACAAAUAUUUAAGUAGUCACCAAAAUUAUCAAUAAAUUAAAAUUAUGUCAAUAAGUGAACUUCCUUGUGUUUUUAUAUAUAGCUGUUGUAACGAUGAUCCUUUGCAAACAAUCAAAUUAAUAAGGAAUGAAGAAAAUAUUGAAGUAUGCAAUUUAGAAAAUACUACUUUAUCAAAUCAAUGGACAAUUAACUGCAAAUACUACACUGCUGAUGUAAAUCUAUGUACUUCUAAAAGUUUGAAUGAACUAUCUGAUCAAUUUAUACACAAUAUUAAUGCUAUAAUUAUUCUUUUUGACCCAAAAAAGAGCAAUAUUAUAGAAAAUAUUGAUGAAUGCUUACCUUUAGUUCAAAAAAGUCAAGCUGAGAUUUUAAUACUAUUGAGUGAAAAACAUAUAGAUUGCGAAUCAGCUAAAAAUCUAAAUGUUUUUGAAUGGUGUCGAAAAAAUUAUUUUGAAUUAAUUGGAUUGGAAGACAUUGCUGAAGAAAUGGAUACUACUGGAAUUGAACGUGUAAGACAAGCUCUUUAUGCACACCAUUGGCCAAAUCUCCAAGCCAAGUGUGAAAUCACACAUCCUAGCACCAAAGCAAUUAUUGAGGAUAGUGUAGUAAACUGUCAGUUAAGUGGAGAGUUAUCAGAUUUAAACAUGGACAUAGAACAAGAAACUGAUUUGGAUAGUGAUUUGUUUAGUGAAAUGUUCGAAGGAGAUAUUAAUUUUUUCAAAACUAUAGAUAAGGUAAGAAAAUUAAAAGAACAAAUUUCUGCAAUGCCUGAUGAAGAAAGAAAAGAUGCUGCUGAAAAAGCAUUAACAGAAUGUUGGAAAGCUUUUUUUGGAGACGAUGUUGAUUUAUAAGUAUUCUUUAUAAAUAGUGAAAUAAAAAGUAUUAAAAAAAUAAUCAAUUAUACUGAAUGACAAUUAUAUUAUAAUAUACAAU